AACACUGUGUAAUGGUAGUUGCUGCUUUGAUCAGUAGCAUUUUAUUUGAUGAGAUACGUCCAGCAUUGGGUAUUUGUUGGACGAUCUUGGGGAGGUCCUUUAAUUAUAUAGUUAAUUUCCGGCAAUGGUUUAGUAGCGCAAAAAGAUGGCUACUUCAAUGGCGGUAAAUUCAGCUGCUACGCUUUGGGGCCCUUACAAAGGUAUCUAUCAAACAGUAGUGGAUGCAGUCUGGAAGAGAAAGCCUGAAGCUCCUCAUCUACUUGAUUUGGUCCUAAAGAAGCAUAAGCCUGAUUUUAUUUCGUUGUUCAAAAAUCCAGCCAAAAAUGUUCAGCAGCGUGAGAAGAUUCAGAAGGCAGGUACAGAGGGAAUCGCCAUUCAGGGUCAGCAGGGGACAAAACUCCUUCCAGAGCAACUGAUCAAGGAGGUGUUCAUCUUGAGUGACUUGUUUAAUAUCGGAGAACUAGCUGCCCUGGAGCUGUUGCUUUCAGGAGAACACCAACAGCCUCAUUUUCCUGGUAUGACAAGGGGUUUAGUUGCUGUUCUUUUGUACUGGGAUGGCAAACGCUGUAUUGCUAAUUCAUUGCGGUCUCUUAUCCAGUCACGACGAGGAAAAACAUUUACACUAGAGCUCAGUUUAGUGAAAUUGAAUAUGAGCACCAGAGAGCACACUGCCAAAAAUGUUCAGCAGCGUGAGAAGAUUCAGAAGGCAGGAGAACACCAACAGCCUCAUUUUCCUGGUAUGACAAGGGGUUUAGUUGCUGUUCUUUUGUACUGGGAUGGCAAACGCUGUAUUGCUAAUUCAUUGCGGUCUCUUAUCCAGUCACGACGAGGAAAAACAUUUACACUAGAGCUCGUUUCUGAUCUUAUCAAAGAAUGUCGGCAGUCAUUGGCAGACUGUCUUUUUGCUUGGACUUGCCAGUCCCCGCUCAACAAAGAUGAUACGUUACGCUUGAUGGAUUACCUGAAAAAUGUGACAACAGAAGCAGAUGGCUCGCUGGAUAGUGUUAACCUGUCCCUUCUCAUGGCACUACUGUAUUGUUUUGAUAUCAGCUUUCUCCAACAAGUUACCGAAGAUAGAGAUGAUCUGUUUCGUCAGACUUCAUUAACUGAUAAAAAUUAUGUUGAAGCUGUUCACAAGCAGUUGCUGGAUCCGCAGCCUUGGACACUUCCUGGAAUGCAAGCGACAGUAAGACUGGCGUGGGCCUUAACACUUCGGACCUUAUCUCAGCUUCGCAUUGACACAGGUAUGCUGCAUCAUAUAUCAAAUUGCAUUCCUCUUUGUGUAAAUGCUUCAGGGACCCAGUGUAUGUUUGUCAAGAUUUUAAUGCUUGCCAUUUUGGUUAAAAUUGUUUUUGUUUAGGUGAAACAGCUACGGAAUCGGGCUGAUGAAGAUGCCAGAUUAAGUAUACAAAUGGGCAGUGAACUACCUACUGGUGUGCGUCGUGACCUUGAACAUCUCAUGUUAUUGAUUGCAGAGUUGUACAGGAAGGACUCCUUCAACUUGGAGCUAGCUCUAGAAUACUGGUGCCCGACAGAGCCUGUCCAAAACCACAGUCUUAUGGGAACAUAUCUUGGCGUCCCUCACCAGCGACCACCUCAGCGUCAGGUUGUCUUAUCGAAGUUUGUCCGACAAAUGGGUGACCUACUUCCACCUACCAUCUAUAUCCCAUAUCUGAAGAUGCUGCGUGGCCUGGCUAGUGGACCACAGUGUGCUCAUUACUGUUUCAGCCUGCUGAAGGUGAACGGCAGUAGUCAUGUUGAGAACAUCCAAGCAGGUGGUGGCAGCCCAGUUUCCUGGGAGCAUUUUUACCAUUCGCUGAUGUUGUAUCAUGUUCAUUUACGGAGGGAUCUUCCCAGUGCAGACAGUGUACAGCAUCGUCAUCUUCCUCUAAGGGGAAUUACACAGAGAGAACUUGAUGGCCUUAUUGCCUUUCUUCAGCUUCAAACAACCAUUGUCAAGUGGAGUGAAAACGCUCGCUUGGCAUUGUGUGAACACCCGCAGUGGGCCCCCAUUGUUGUGAUGCUGGGACUCUUGCAGUGUAGUAUCCCUCCAAUUCUGAAGGCUGAACUGUUGGAAGCAAUUGCUGCCUUUGGGAAGUCGCCUGAAAUUGCAGCUUCACUGUGGCAGUCAGUGGAGCAUACCCAGAUUCUGCAGACAGUACGACUUCCAAGUCAGCGACAAGCAACUGGGAUUGAGGUUGAACUGAGUGAGAUUGAAUCACGCUGUGAAGAGUACCCUCUAACCCGUGCUUUCUGUACACUUAUAAGCACACUUGUAGAAGGUUCUUUUCCUUCUAAUCUUGGAGCUGGUGUUCGGCCUCCAGGGUUUGAUCCUUACCUUGACUUCAUCAGAGACUCUGUGUUCCUUCGUUUUCCAUCUCGAGCAUACAGAAGAGCUGCUGAAAAGUGGGAAGUAGCUGAGGUAACCCUGGAAAUUUUUUACAAGCUUCUGAGAGACUACGAACCUCAGCCAGAAGACUUUGUGGACCAAGUUUUGGAACUGCAAGGGGAAGAGGUCCUUGCCUGUAAGCCUCCUGGUUUCCACUUGAUGUUUCACCUUUUGAACGAUUCCCCAAUGCUGGGGUUAUGUCUCUUCCUGCUGGAGGAAGGAGUUCAACAACUGGAUACCUGUGCUCCUUUUCCAGGAAAGAGACACAUGGAGAAGGCAGUGGAGUACUGUCUAGGACUGUUCAAUCUGACCCUUCAAAAGGAGAACCUUUUCACAGACCUGCUACGGGAGAGCCCCUCUUCACUUAUUGUCACAGCACUUGAACAGUUGCUGCAGGGAAUCAAUCCUCGCACAAAAAGAGCUGAUAAUGUGGUGAAUAUAGCCAGAUACCUGCGCCAUGGAGAUAGCAACCCUGAACUUGCAUUCGAAAGUGCCAAGAUCCUCUGCUGCAUCUCUCGGUAUCCCAAUAUCCAGGUGAAGCUUGUUGGCGAUUUCACUCGGGAUGAAACUGUGAGUCUGACCCUGAUGGCUGGUUUUGUGGAAUGCUUAGAUAGUGAAGAUGCAGAAGAACUUAUCACUGUGGAUGAUGAUAUGGAUGAGAACAAAAGGUUAUCAAAAGUAAGACAUCAAACAAGAAUCCAUAUCCUGAAUCUUCUUAUAACUUCUUUGGAACUGCAACCUCCCAACUUGGCUCUGUAUUUACUAGGGUAUGAAGUGAAGAAGUCAGUCAGUACAACUAAUCUUCAGGACCCAGGUGUCCUUGGUUGCCCACGUACCUGUCUGCACGCCAUCUUGAAUAUCCUUGAGAAAGGUUCUGAGAGCAGAGACGGACCUGUGGCUAUAAAGGAAUCCCCACAUCUUGCAGAACUCUGCUACCAGGUAAACACUAUGCAUGAGUUCUGUACAAUAUCUUCUACUUCGGGCGUGUCAGUGAAGUAUGUAAGAGUGGUACAAGAUAUUAUAUGCAAGUAUUUGCAACACCUGCCCUUCUACGUCUUGGACCAUGAAAUCUCGUCACUAAACCAGAUGUCAUGGCUUAUGAAGACUGCAGCCAUUGAGCUGCGUUUGACUUCACUGAAUCGUCAGCGCUCCCACACCCAGAGACUUCUGCAUUUGUUGUUGGAUGAUGUGCCGUUUAAGCCAUACUCAGUUGAUGGAGAAGGAGGAAUGGAAGAAGACUCCAAAUCAUCUAGUGGUUUUCUACUCUUUGAUACAGUGUCCAAAGUUCGUCGAAAGAUUCUCAGCAUCUUGGAUUCUGUGGAUUUUAGCCAGGAGGUUCCUGAGCCCUUGCAGCUUGACUUUUUUGACAGGAACAAAGUUGAGCAGGUCAUUGCAAACUGUGAGCACCGAAACCAUAGAGGUCAGACCAUCUGUAAUGUGAAGGUAUUUGACUUUAACACCAGUAUUUGGAGAGACAGCAAAAGCUCUCCCUAUGCAGCUAGUGUCCCAGCUGGGAAUACGAUUCAGCUGACAGCAGCUAGUGUCCCAGCUGGGAAUACGAUUCAGUUGACAGCAGCUAGUCUCCCAGCUGGGAGUACGAUUCGGCUGACAGCAGCUAGUGUCCCAGCUGGGAAUAUGAUUCAGCUGACAGCAGCUAGUGUCCCAGCUGGCAAUACAAGUCAGCUGACAGCAGCUAGUGUCCCAGCUGGGAAUACGAUUCGGCUGACAGCAGCUAGUGUCCCAGCUGGGAGUAUGAUUCAGCUGACAGCAGCUAGUGUCCCAGCUGGGAGUACGAUUCGGCUGACAGCAGCUAGUGUCCCAGCUGGAAGUACGAUUCGGCUGACAGCAGCUAGUGUCCCGGCUGGGAGUACUAUUCGGCUGACAGCAGCUAGUGUCCCGGCUGGGAGUACGAUUCAGCUGACAGCAGCUAGUGUCCCAGCUGGGUGUACAAUUCAGCUGACAGCAGCUAGUAUACUGAAUGAGGACGCUGCUCAAGAACUUAUGCCAGUUGUAGCAGGGGCGGUAUUCACACUCACUGCCCACCUGAGCCAGUCGCUUCGUACGGAGCAAAAGCUGAUGGUUUCGGUUGCUGCCAUUAGAGACUCUCAGUAUAUUUCUAUGCUAGAUGCUGAGUCUUUGUCAACCUCAUCAGGAGCUGAAGAUACUGUGACUGGAUUUGCAUCCUUUCGUGAUUCUUCGCUGAAUAUUAUCUUAAGGAGAUUAUUGGAUUUCAUUUUGAGAACAGGAGGUGGAUACCAGCGUGUACGGGCGCAUCUUUAUGGUUCUCUCUUGUAUUACCUACAGAUAGCCCAGAAACCAGAUGAACCUGAUACCCUGAAAACAGCUGAGAUGACAAUGUGGCAGCGUCUCACAGCUCCUGAAGAUGUGUUCAGUAAAUUACAGCAAGAGAACAUGGCAACGAUUGAAAAAUACGGUGCUGCACUCAUGGAGGUCAUCUGUCGAGAUGCUUGUGAUGGUCAUGAGAUUGGAAGGAUGCUGGCUCUAGCUUUGCUGGAUCGUAUCAUUUCUGUGGAUAAAUAUAACCAGUGGCUCACUUUUCUCUGCAACAGUGGAUAUUUGAAAGUACUGGUGGACAGUCUGGCCCAGGAUGACCUCUUGCUGCAGAGCAUGCUCAGUCCACAGCCUCCCCUUCUGAAAGGACUGUACAUUUAUGAAUCUAAAAUGGCUUUCCUGACAAGGGUGGCAAAAAAUCCACAAGGGACACUUGAGCUACUAAGAUGCGGUGCGAUUGUGAAGCUGGCUCAUUGUCAGGUGUUUGAUAUGAGACCUGAAACUGACACACAAGGAUUAUUUGGAAUGAGAGAGCCGUCAGGCUUCAUCCCAGCACCAGUAGAACGUUAUCACCAGAUUUUGCUGCCUGCACUCCAACUUUGUCAAGUUAUUCUUACAUCAAGCACUGCUCAACAGCAGCAGGCAGCAGGACAAGUCUUUCAGUUUCUCAUUGCACAUUCUGAUACAAUACAUGCAAGCCUACGAUGUCAGACUGUGAGUGAGGGAUCUCUUCAGGAACUGGCCCUUUUGACUGGGAUAAUCAGCAAAGCAGCCUUGCCAGGUGUUCUGACUGAACUUGAACGGGAUGCUAAUGAAGGCUUACUGAUGGAGUUUCAAGGACAUAUUGGACGAUUUCAGCGUCUGUGUCUUGGACUUCUAAGCCGUUUUGGAGGUUCAGAGCGUAUGCGACACUUUAAAUUACAAGAAGAUAACACACAAGAGGACGUUCAUAGAAGAGCUAUGAUGGAUAUAGCCAUGCAUCAGAUCUGUGCUAAUGUUAUGGAGUACUGUCGGACACUGGUAUUACAGAGCUCCCCAACAUCCCAGCAUACAAUUUGUCUCUUUACUCCCAGUUUAGCUGAUGCAGCUAAUAGGGAAGGAUCUAGACAAGACUCUCAGAUUUCAGCAGUUCCAUACUGGCGACUUCCAGGCCUAGGUGGUGUUGUUUACUUGCUGAAGCAAAAUGCUAAUGACUUUUUCACUUGCCAUGCGAAUCACAGCCAGAGUGUCCAUAAGCUACAGAAUGUGGAGCAGCUACCACCAGAAGAAAUCAAGGAGCUUUGUCAGUUGGUUAUCCCAGCAGGUGUGGAUAAAAUUUCAACUACUCAUAAGUAUGCUCUGGCUAGGCGGUGUCUUGUGAAAGUGAUCAACAACCAGGCCAAAAUGUUAUCCCUCUGCUGUUACACUGUAGAAAACUGUUUGUUUGUCCUUUGGAGGCACUUGGAAUACUAUCUUUUGCAUUGUAGUCCCACAGAUUCUCAAAAUACUCCUCUAACUGGGGCUGCACAUCGAGGAAGAGUACAAGAUUCUUACAGUGUGGAAUUAAGCAGUGAAGGAAGGAACUUUGGAAUGAGUCGAAUUACCCAGCAGGACAUUGAUCAGUCCCAUGAUCUCUAUCAGAUGAUUGAGUUUUCAGAAACUCUAAAUUCAUAUAAUCGGGACAAUAUGAUCAAGCUUUUGAAAACUCAAAGGUUUGGUUUUGUGCACUACAUCUCUUCAGAUGACUCUCAUAAUGAGGGAGUUUUAACGGUUCUGAAGAAGUCCUAUGAUAAUUGGGACAAAAUCACAUUGACUGUUUGUUUUGUGUUACAGUAUUAA